CGCGAGAAAUGGACGGUUUGAGCGAAAUGCCGAGCAUCUCAACCAUCAGGCUUGAAGACAAAGAGUACUUCAGCGGAAGUCUCAUCGAAACCAAGAAGAAAACUCUCGCCGGCGACUGCGCUGCUCCGGGACUCAAACGUUCAUCCUCCUACAACGCGGAGGGGAGUUCGAAGAUGGAGGUGGGCGGCGGCCUCGGCGGCGGCGGCUGUAUUCCGGCGGGGAAGAACAGGGCGACUGCGAGGGGAAGUAAGAAGAUGGAGAUCGAGACAAAAUAGGCGGCUUUGGAAUUGAGGAAGUUUUGAAGGUAGGAAGAAAUUUCAGGCACGUAGUUGGGAAGACGAUGAUGAUAUGAGGCUUAGGAAUGUGUAAUUAUGUUAAAAUCGGAGUUAAUUUUAGUCUUUUGUCAUUAAAAA